GUGUUGAAGUGACUAUUUCUAGAAUCGAAUGUUUUCAUUUCAUUGGUAGUUACAUUCAACCAAUUUACUUUAUUCACAUAAAACAAUAUCUCAACAGUAUAGGUACUUAUUUAAGAUCAGAAUUAACUAUUGCAUUACAAUUCGUAGUGGUAAAGAUAAACAUUUGAAUAAUUCAGGUAAAUAAAUUACGAUUUGAUAUAGAAAAGAUAAAUCUUCCGGUCUGUAAAAGUAGGUAACUAAUUAAAAUAUUUCAAUACCUAUAACUACCUGUAGUGGAAAGGUAGGUUGCAAAUAAGGUAUCUCUUUAACUCAGUGACUUUACAAUUUCCUGCAAUAAGUUCUUUUAAUCACGGCAAUCGCCAAAACCAGUCCGAAGAAAAAAUGAAGAUAACUGGAUGCUGGUCGACGUUUCCAUUUCUGAUGUUGUGCCUUUUAUUGUAUGGAACUGGUGGAAGUACAUCGUUUGAUAAAAUAACAACAAAUGAACUUCGUUGCUUGGAGAAAGAAAUGGCAUUAUCCUUCAAAAUAUUGAAAUACAAAGAAAUGGAACUGAAAGAUUUCCAAAGGGAACUCGACAACCUGAACUUGACUGAACCACUUCAUAGGUUUUUCAAUCCAAAAGGAACGUUGUGCAAGCUGUGUCAACUUUUGAUAGGUGCAUUAAAAAAGAGGACGAUCAGAGUGGAGAAUAUCGCUAGAGCCAUUUGUAAUAUUUAUAUAGCCCUUUCUACUUGGACUUUGGAUGAUUUUUGUGAGGAUAUCAUCGAACUGAACAUGCCAAUUAUUGAAUACGUCUUAGAAAAUAGCGAAAUAUUCAGUCCUGAGUUAGCCUGUACUAUACUGCUUCAAAACGACAAAUGCUAUUACCCCGAUUCAGCUUUGACAUGGAGGAUGUCAACACCUUCUACUUCCUUGGUAAAAUUCCCACAGGUUAUUCUAAGACAAAAUGCGAAACGUUUGAAAAUCCUACACCUGUCAGAUUUCCACAUAACUCCAGAUUACGAGAUAGGGGGCAUCAGCAACUGUGGUUAUCCCACUUGCUGUAAAAAGGGCUUGGGGAAUCCAAUAGGAUCGAAACCAGCAGGUGUUUGGGGUGACUAUGAAUGUGAUGUGCCUCCUUGGAUGUUUGGCACCACUCUGGAUCACAUCAAGUAUGCUCACAAGGACAUAGAUAUAGUUUAUUUCACAGGUGAUAUAAUAGACCAUACUGUAUGGCAAGCAUCGAAAGAACAAAAUUCUAGACUCAUUUAUUACACUUACAAGGCGUUAUAUGAAACCUUUCCAAACAUACCAGUGUUUGCUGUCAUUGGAAACCAUGAAGCUGCACCACUGAAUGCUUUUGCCCCCCCUGAUGCACCUGUAAAUGAGAGUCUGUCAACUCAGUGGUUGUACACUCUCAUGUCCAAAGCUUGGAGACCCUGGCUGCCCCCAGAUGCUCUGAAGACUGUGAAAAGACAAGGAUAUUAUGCUCAUUCAGUGAACAAAAAAUUGAAAAUUAUUGGACUGAAUAAUAAUGUCUGCUACAAUUUGAAUUGGUGGCUUCUGUACAAUACAGCAUAUUUAUCAGAACAGCUCAAAUUUUUAAGUGAUGAACUGUUGAAAUCUGAACAAAAUGAACAGUUUGUUCAUAUCUUGGCCCAUGUACCUGUUGGAAAUGAAGAAUGCAUAGAGCCCUGGGAAGAAAAUUAUAAUGCUAUAGUGGAAAGAUUUUCACACAUAAUACAAGGGCAAUUUUAUGGACAUACACAUACAGAUGAAUUGAAAAUAUUCUACAAAAAUUAUAGUGAACCAAUCAAUGUAGGAUACAAUGGUGGCAGUUUGACACCUUAUACAAAAUUCAACCCCAAUUAUAAAGUGAUGACAGUUGAUCCAGAUUCUUAUGAAGUUAUAGACGUUGAGACAUACAUUUUCAAUCUGACUGAAGCUAAUCAACAUUCCAAUUUGACUCCAAAUUGGUUGAAAAUGUAUUCUAUGCAAGAAGCAUAUGGACUGAACAAACUGUCCCCUCAGAAUUUUGAUCAAUUAGUUGAUGACAUAUUUGAAGAUGAAAAUCUUGCAGACUUGUAUUGGAGGUUCUAUGUAAGAUUUGGAGAUCCAUCACUAGAAGAUGGUUGUGAUAGAAAAUGUAAGAAAGAUCUCAUCUGCAAGAUAGUUACAACUAGAUCUAUGUUUCCAAGUAAACCAAAUUGUAGAUAGCCAAGAAUAUGUCAUUUUUAAUAUUGUAUGGAUGUUAAGUAUUUUUAAAUUAAUAAAAUUUAUAUAGUACU